AUGAUAGGGAUGACGACAGUGUUACAGGGUGGAUGCUGGGAGCGUACUGCGCAGUGAUCGAUAUGGAGGGGAUUUCGUGUAGAUGGUCUAACCCCACUACGGUUUCUCUGCAGGGGUAGUGGCGCCCCUGGCGGGGGUUAACGUAGGGGGUUGUUCCAGGGUUGUCGGGUGGCCUACGGGAGGCAGGAGGGUGGAACGGAACGAUAUAGGAACUUGAGGGUCGACGGGAAAGGGUGGGAGAUUUGUGAGGUUAGGGGUGGACGGUGACGGCAGAAUGUGAGCACCGUCGGAGCCAACUGGCGAACUUUCCCGAACGCCUGGCCGAACUUUGCCGAACCAGGGUGAACCUCCGCACGUUCAGCCAGCCGAGGAAGAGCUCAAAAAGCUCCUCAGUAUACCCCGCGACGCGAACGCGUACGAGUCGUACACUCUCCGGCCCUGAUCUAACUAGGUCAGACCUGGUUGGCCGAACGUGUCCCUGGUGCUCUCUCCGUUUAAUCUGGCGCCCAAUAGUUAUCUUCCCCACCAUUUUAUUCGGAUGCUGGAUCUGCUGCUCGCACUGCAGUCGCGUACAGUGAACUGUUAUUAUUAUUUCGUUACCAAUAAAAAGACACCGAUCCUCAAGCAUGUGAUGCAGUUUGCUGUCUGAUAUCUACUGAAAUCUCUAGAUGAAUCCACCCUCGUGUACCUUAUAGGGGUGGACGAAGAAAUCGUGAAGUGUUCAUUGGCAAAUUUUGCUUUAUAUAUUCUCUUAGCCGUUACGUAAUUCGCGAGGGAAAAUUUAUCGAGGACUUUCUAUCUCUGUCAACCGGAAAUAUCCCAACAGUUCCUAUACUGCGAUUGCAAAUCGGAAGUGCUCUGGUUACGGAAGGAAUUCGAUUGCUGUGAUCGAUGACUCGCGAGUUCUCGUGAUAUAUAUAUAUAUAUAUAUAUAUAUAUAUAUAUACAUACAAAAAUAAAUAAAUGUAUAUAUAACAAACUUCUAUGCCGUCAAACUCGAAAGCACACCGGUUGGCUGGUAAAAGCUAUAUGGCAGCCGAAAAACUUCGUAUCACGGACAAGGUCGCAGGCAUGCGCUGGCUACUUUACGUUUGCAUCGUAACGGCUAGUACUGUGCUGUCCUGUCGCCAGAGCGAAUUCCACUGUGGAAACGGUCGCUGCGUCGCUCUGAACAAAGUGUGCAACAGCUUCGACGAUUGCGGAGAUGGUAGCGACGAGCCACGGCAGUGUUCACCCUGCAACAAAACGUACUACGGCGAGGUCGGCAAAACUUACGACCUGGAAUUGCAUCGGCCGAAGGAGGACAAGGUGCCUUACAUCUGUAAACUCACCUUCAGUGCGCCGGGAGGUGAUUUUGGUGAUAUCAUACAGUUGACCUUCGAAAGCUUCACCCUUGGCAAAUUCGUCUCCUUCACCGAGGAGGGUUGUCCCGAUGGAUCCCUACAGAUAUCCGAAGCCCAACGUCCCGACGUCGGUGGUCUUUGGUGUGGCACGUCCUGGGGUCCAGCUAUAUAUUACAGCGAGACGUCAAGCGUCGCCAUAACGCUACGGCUCUUAAGGCUCAGCAAAGAUCAGACAGGAUACAAUUUCGACUUCAGGAUGGGUUACAAGAUGAUAAGAAAAUCGGACGCCGUGGUGCGCUACGGGAAUCCAUUUGUUGGUAUGACGCAGAUCACCUCACCACCACCCACUACUCAACAGAGUUCAUCGGAAUAUUCAAACACAUCGAUGGCCAUGUCGGUUCACAUGGAACAGGAGGAUCAUCUGACGCCCACAAAAGCCGCCCCUGAACAGUAUUUGGGUGACCUAAUAACAGGGACAUACUGCUCGCGUAUUUUUAGCGACUGCGAUCGUAAAAAGUGUCGUCUUCAGUCGCCAAAUUUUCCUGGAUUGUAUCCGCGUAAUCUCACCUGUUACUACGCGGUACGUCAGCACAUAAUUCCACCAGGAAAAUACGCCUUGAUUUCCGUGAGACAGACUCGCGGUCAGCUGAUAGCGGUCAGAGCACUUCCGGCCACACAAGCUGAACCGCCACCACGUGAACUUCGACUUUGGCAGGAUUGUGAUAUCGUUCAGGAUUACGUCACUAUAUACGAUGGAUACACUACUCGUGAUCCUGUGAUUUUGAAAUUUUGCGGCGGCGGCGAACCAGUCCCGGAGGCCAUUAGUAGCGGCUCAGAACUCUUGGUGGAAUUCACCACGUCGCCUUAUGGAACGUUUCUUCGUCCCACGCCGCCUCACUCGCUUCAUGGAUUUCAGCUGGAGGUUCAGGUGAAGUUUGUGGAUGCGAAUUCACCGACCUAUACAAGGAACAAGCGCUGCGAGUUUUGGCUUCAGGGCACCGGAGGAGGAGUACUGGCAUCGCCUAGGCAUUCUUUACCGCGGAAUAGUACCUGUUUAUAUCAUCUACGAGGAGCGGGUCCAGCUUUACCUAGUCCAACGCCGCCGCGACCUCUGCCAAAGUUUCCAGAGCAACGACCUGGUACUGUUUGGAGAAGACCCACGCCUAGAGCACCGCAACCGCAGUUUAGGGUAUGGCUGUCCGUACUGAAAUUUCACGUAGGGAUGAGUCCUACCUCCGGCGAGGAGGAAUGUGCCACUGCGUUAAUGAUCUGGGACGGAGAGAUGAGACCUCUCACAGAAUGCAAUGAUAUAUCCUGUGAGAAAGAACGACAACGGUACAUCGAGAGGAUUGGCGACCCUAUACAAGCAAUUUCUGCUCGACCUGCCGGCAAUACGUCUUUAUUGGCACGUUACUGUAAGGAUCGCGUGCCUCGAACCUGCGAUCACGCCAUUUUGCAAAACACAAGCAGGCCAUGUUCCCUGGGCGAGAGUUUCGUCUCAUCGGGCAGCAGUUUAACGAUUGAGAUGCGCAUGGUGGAGUCGACGGCCUUAAGGCCCGUCAACUUUCGCGCGCUUUACGAAUUCGUCGAUCUUCAUCAGGAUGGGGAUCCCUAUGGCAACGGACCCUGUUCUAGGGUUUUCUACAGUCGAAAUCGGGAUCACUAUGCCGAUCGUCGAUUUCAAGGUCCUAGGGAUAUUUUUCUUUACGGUCGUGGUGGUUCCAAGAAUCUUAGUUGCGUCUACCGAUUCGAAGGCGAGCACGAUGAAGUUGUAAAGUUGCGAUUCAACAAGCUCUUCAAUGGGAAUCGUAGCUGUCGCAGUGUUUCCAGUCCAGACUUCAACCGACUGCUUUGCGUUGGGUCAAAAAGUUUUUCCCUGAAGGUGUUGGAUAUACCCUGGGCAAAUGCACCCCCGGUUCAGCGCGACUGUCUCUGCUCGAAUCGUUCCCUGCCCAUAAACAUCAAGUCGACUUCAAAUAUCGUGGAAGUGCACUUCACCGUAAAGUCCAUGGAUGCCCUGGACGACUACAAUAACCUCUUCUUCGAAGGCGUAUGGGAUUUUGUCAAAACGAUGCCCUGCCUGCAGAAGCAUCGAGUCCGGGGACCAUCCGGAGAGAUUAAAAAUAGGUCACCCUUAGCGGAUCAGGAUGAGAAACACUGUGAGAAUUAUCCCUGGCUCAUCGACCCUGGCCCUAAUCAGUAUCUCUACGUAAAGAUGCACGGUACAAUAACGUCAAAUAAAACGUCCUGCUCGACGACUAACCGCGUAGUCAUACAUACUGGCGGCGUAAUUCACGCGUCGGUAUGUCCUAAGCCACCUACCGACUCCAGAGACCACGUGGUAGAGGUAUUCAGCAACGGCUGGGCAGUCAGCAGCGACCACGUGAUCCUGGCACCAGCAUACGAUCCAAUUAGGACCAUCGUAGUAGAAUUCAUCAACAAUGAACCGGAUAUGCACGCGGUUACUUGGUUGGAACUGUCGAGAAGACCAACAGUAACGUCACCUGCAGUCGACUUACAAAUGCCACGCGACUGCGAGCACCGCUGUCCUGAGUUGGACGCCUGCAUAAAUUCGUCCCUCUGGUGCGACGGCGUAUCGCACUGUCCAUCCGGAUAUGACGAGGCUCUGACGCAUUGUUCAGUUCUUCUACGACUUCCGCCGCUUUAUCUGGGACUUGGUGUUUUGGUAGUCGUGUGCUUAAUAGCUUUUACUAUAUUCGUAAUCUGCAGGGUCUGUCGACGACGAGCUAAUCGCUCGAUCUCCCAGCAUCGACUCAAGAGCAUCUCCUCGGAAACGGCGAUAAUCGAUGGGAAGGAAGUGAUAUGCUGACAAAGCGACAGUUCUGUGCGAUACGUCGAGGUCGACCGGGUGACUACCGUGUGACGAUCGUCACCGGUCAAGGUUCGGGGCGAGGAGGAUGACGCUUUAGAUAUUGCCGGACGAAUUAUUGCGUCGGUUAUCGAGCGUCAUUUCACGACGUGCUCAUUGUUACUGUCAGGACGACGUUCGACGUUCCCAUGAGUAUCGGCCCUGAACCAUCUCAACGUAACACGCAGAACUGUUUAGCGUUAAGGGAUUAACUCAGUGCUAGCUGGUUAAGCUUGUCAUUCAUUGGUUCAGGUGACGUGCUGCUCGUUCCGUUCAAUCCCAUACGACUGGGAGUGGAUUGAUUUUUGAAAUUUCUCAAGAAAGUAAGAUCUUGUAAGAGAGUCUCCUAGACGAGAACGUAACGUUUUGGGGAAACCUGGAUUUUUUUUUUAUACAAACUACAGAAACGCCGAGGACAAUAACGUAGUGAUGUAUGUACGAGAACAUUAUCAAAAGUGAACAGCGAGCAUAAACCUUGACCAAUGUUUGAUCGUAGGUAAAGCGACGAGCUUCGUGGUAAGAAAAAUUUGGCAGAGGAAGAAAAUAUUGCCGAUCAUCUGGGUUUGAUAUUCUCACGAACUUUUUCUCAUACGUGAAAGUCGAUCGGUGUGCACCCGGAUACUCUGUACUGUAUAGAUACAAUUUAAUUGUCGGGAUGGUCGCCACUGCGCGACGGUCGUCGUCUCGACGGAGAUAUAGAUGAAAUUGAAUUAGAUACCGACCAAGUUGAAGUAUUACUUAGAGACAAUGUAAUUAAAUUAGGGGCGAGAUAGAAUGGAAAAAGAAGAACUUAUUGGAGACGUAGAGUGUAGCCUGAAAUUAUGUGAUAUGCUGUUUUCCUCGGAGCUGUGCUUCGGAUUGUUACGCCGCGGUUGGCAUCGGUAUUGGCCACUUGUAAUUUAUUGAUCACGUGUAAUCUAUCCUUCUAUUGAUUCUAUCGAUUCUAACGAUACCGAUGCUCUUACCUUGGCUUGUACACCUUGUUCAUACUUGUACAUAUUUAAUAUUCUAUAUAUAACAAUAUCAAACACUCGCCUUCGCGUGCACGCGCGUGCGCAUUGCACGAUUUCAGGAUGAAUUUCAAAAAUGAAUAUUUCCGGUGCAAAAAAUUAAGAAUUAAUCAAAAAUAUCGUCAGCCGUACGCGCGAAGGUCGGUGUUCCGCCGCUUACUAUUAGUUGAUAAGUGUAGAUUUUAAGAACUUCGUGAGAAGUGACUUUUUUGAAUUUUGGGAGAGACAGAAGGGAGUAUGAGAGUGAAAAAGAUAAUCCGAAGAUUCAGCGUGCAAAGGGGGAUGCGCGCCAUCAGCUAGCCGGAAGCACCGCCAUCUUUUUCGCCAUCGACAGUGCAUACACAAUAACGAUUCGUGUUAAUACACAUAGUUAUUCCUCUUCACCAUUUCCAAGUCCCAUAUCCAUAAUCUACCUUACUAGAUGGACACUUACCCUAUCCUCAUCCUAACGUAAUCUAACCAAGCAAAACCUAUGAUGUCCCGUUACCAUGUUAAAUGAAGACAAUCGUUAAUAUAUCCAAGUGUUUCUAAUCUAGUGAUUUGAUCUAGGCAAUUUUAACUGUACUCGUUCGGUAUAGCUACGUUUUAAGUAGUUUAACGCUAGUUGAAUGUCGCGUCGAAUGCAAACACAGCGAAUUGUAACAGCACCACUUGUCCUAACAUUGACACAAGAUUAGGAAUAAUUUUUGGUCUGUUUGGAUUGCUUUGCGUACAUCAAAAUCUUCGAUUAUGUAGAUCCUAUAGUACGUAUGAAACAAUUUUCGUUUGACCUUAGCAAAAAAAAGAGAUGAUAAUACAAUUAUUAGAAUUAUUCCUGUCGUGAGACAUAAGAGAGUAAAGAGAAAAGGAAAUUAGAUUUUUAUUUCAAUUAUUAUAAAGAAUUAAUCAAAAUCAAGAUUGUGUCCUCGCUCUGUACUCGCAUCGAAACUUUGAAUAUUUCGGGACCAACAUUGAAUUUUGACAAUGGAGACCUGCCUCUUGCUCCGGGACCGGAAGUGUGCUUGAUUUUCUUUAUUAAUCAUAAAACGCAAUUUAAUCGGACUCGUCGCUACGACGACUCUCGAGAUUUACUCCGUCGCAGAAACAACGAAUUUAUUCUUGAAGUUUUACGCUUAUAAAAUCGUCUAAUUAUCCUGUUAAUUAAUUGUGCUCGUUAGAUUGUUAAUUCCUGUAUCCUUCCUACCGUCAGAACCGAACUUUUAUAUCUGCUGGCAAUACCAUAGCAAUAAUUGUUCUUAAAGAUGAUCAAUGUUUCAAAUUCUACACCGAUAAGAAUUUAUAUAGUCUUAUACUUAAAUACGGGUCUACUGUUAUGCUAAUUUAAAAAAAAAAACCAAAGACUAAUAAUGUGAGAAUUCCGACAAAGUUAUAAUAUUCUCAUCUCGUGACGGAUUUUCUCAUAUGUUUACAACAGGAAGGAUAAGAAGGUUUCCGGGAUAGUGAGGAAGAAAAAAAAUGAUUAAGUAUCCCUAGAAGUCCGUACCGCGACGCGUCGAUUAUUUCGAAUACAAGCGAGCUUGACACGAUCUAUUUAAUUUCUGUGUUGAUUAUAAAAUGUUUUUAAUCUACCAAAUAGCGAUAUUGCUCCUAUAAUAUUAAUUAUUCUUUCGAACGAAUCUCACAAAUAAUGUUCAAGCGAAAAUGUUUAUGCGAACGUUAAUCGCGGAAUGCAGUAAUUUUAUUUGUAUACUUCUGAUAAAAAGAGAUGUAGUUUAUUGUUCCGUGCUCUGUAUCCUUGGAUGACGUAACGUUUCUGUCAUUAAAAUGGCCAGUUCGAAAAUAAGCGUCGUCAAAUAUUGUGAAGUUAACGAUUAAAAAAGAAUCAACGCACUUUUAUAUGUGCGCUGCGAAUUCGAUUGCAUGUAUAAUCGGCGGCGGUGUUUAUGAUCGAUAAAAUUCGUACGAAUUCUAAGCUCGAAUGAUCUUGUUUACUUCUACGUAUAGAAAGAUCGGAUGUAAUGCUCCGCGAAUUAAAUCGUAUGAUAAAUCAACGGCUGCCGUGAUCUCGAGAUCUAUCGGAUCUGAUCGAGUCGAUUUUGAAGUCGAGAUCGUUUGUAAAUAGAAGUAUGUAUGAAUUUUAAAUCGUAGAACCACACGAUGUAAGCAAAUAAUAAUUAACAUAGAUGAUUAGCUAUUACUAUUAUCAUGUAAACCAUAUCUACGGACGCGUUUUUCAUAGCGGAUUAAACGCGAGGAGCACUUCGGCAAUCGUCGGGAGAAUUCGUUGAAUCAUUUUCUGGAUCAAUAAGAGGUUGACGUUCCUUCGAGACUUAGCAGCGAAUAAAUGCCCAUGGUAAUUAGGCUUAUUCGUAUUGAUUAAGGAGGCGAUUGGGCCAUUUUACUUACCACGCGAAUAAAAUUUUAAGAAAAAUUGUAAAUAACAGGAUUUUCAUAAAGAUCAAUUUCCAAAAUUGAGUUCAGCGCAUAUUUUUUAAGGUCGAUAAUGAUUUGGAAACUCUCAAAUAAUUAACCUAAAAGUGAAAGAGUACUUUGAUCCGAAGUUUUGUACAUUUUUCAAAUUUAUAUAAAUUAUUUCUAUACAAAAAUCUGUCACGUACGAUUUUCGUUGACAUUUUGCUCGCAUGGUAAAUAAAAAAAGCCAGAGCUUCCUUAAAAGUCUUAUACGAGAAUGUUAAUGAAUUUUCUGAUAAGUAUUGAACAACUUAUUGAAUUUAUACCAGAAACAUUGUAAGAUGUGAAUUUAAUAUUGGAACGAUAUUUAAGAUGAUAUCGAAGAUCUAUGAAAGAUCGAUAUUCGUAUCGAACGUGACGAUCGCCAUGAAGUUCGUCUCGUGACUAUGUACGAUCGUGAUGUUUGCCAACGAGUAGCGACGAAUUUGACUUGCAGUUAUAAUUUUUCAUAGGUCGCUGUCUCGAUUAAACGCGUAAAUCAAAGAAAAACGAAUAACAAAAAUCAGAGUGAAAUAUAAUUAAUAAAUAGAAGCUACCUUCUUCAAGGGAGUUUUGAACUCACCGACUGACGCGCGUAGUGCUAUGCUCCUAGUAAGUACUUGUGGGUUCGAAACUCUUUCAAGACUGCCGUGAACGCUUAUUCUUUCAAAGAAAAAAAUGAAAGCUACAAAAAGGUAUAUAUAAUAUACAACAGUUCAUCCGCAAUAAUUGCCAGCCGUGUGAAUCUAGCCAUUAAGAUUCCCUCGCUGCCGUAAAAUAACUGACGACGUGUUUCUUUGUUUCAACCAUUUUGUCCAACCAUUUUGUUUUCGCUAUUUCUCUUCUAAGAAAACUUUCAAGAGAGUCCCGACGUUACGCUGACGACGAGAAAGAAAAAUUGUUAUGAAGGAAGAAAGAGACGGUGUUUAAAGAGAAAAAAGUUAACGUUUUUUUUGCCCUACCGCAAAUUCAUCAACGUUAACGUCAUUAACGCGAUAAGAAAAUCUCUUGAGAGCCAAUAAGCAUAGGAAUUUUUUUUAUGAAGGUUGCAGAAUAAAGCCAAUUCAUUUAUCUUUACAUUUAAACUUGAUUAGCAGCGAGGGUUUUAGCGAAUAACAUCGUUCUAAACGAUCCACGUAUAGAGGCUAUUACUGUCAGCUAUUUUCUUUUCUUUCUUAUACUGAUUCUUACGUCACUUCGUGUCAUCCGUAUUACCCUCCGUCGGUAACUUGAUUUAUUUUCACGUGUUGUCCCGUUUAAUUUUUUACAAGACGACAAAAAAUGUGCGAAAUGGAAAAAAAAUAUAAUUAAUUCAUAAUUAAUUAUUACGUGACAUAAUGCAACGAGACGAAAUAUGUUUAACGUUGGAUUCUGGUGAAGCGUGAAGUCAGGAGAUAAACUGACAAUAACACACAGAGAGACAUACGCACACAUAAAUCUCCUUUUUAAUGGGUGACGAGGACGUGGUGAUUUACGCUUUGUAAAUUAAAAUGAAAAAGAUACACGGAAACGCACACGCCACAUUUAAUAAUAGUAAAGAUGAGUUUGAUGAGACCGCGUGGCACGUAAUUCAAGCGAUUUUUUGUUUUCAUAGUAGCUUCAUCAAAACUGUCAUUUUUGGUUAGGUCAGUUCAGGCAACAAUGAUGACGCCAUAUACAUAUAAUUACGUAGUAAUUUAAUUCCAUGAUUAGGCAUAUGAAUCAGCAUCGACGUCACUGAGGCACGAAUUCUUAGUAACGCGAAGUUAGCUAUAAACAAAUUAAAAAUAACGUGCCACUCGACAUCAUUGAGCCACGUUUCAAUCGUAUCCGAUUAAAGGUAACAAGAACAAUAACGAUUAACUACCGCAAGACGUAUACUAUAUUCUCACCGAUCACCAACAUGCUCACACAACACGCAUAGUUACUAAUUAUACCAUUACUGAUUCGAAUAUCAAGUAUGCGACAUUUUUAAUAAAUUAUUUUGAAGAUUGAA